AUGUCGUCUGCCAUCCCAGUCUCCUCCCGACUCCGUCAACCCUCGUCGGGUACUUAGGUCCCAUGUUAGGCACGCCUGGCCUUUGUGUCCGUCGUCUACAGCCUCCCAAGGGCCCACCAUCCUCCACAUGCCUGCUGCCGUGCGUGGGAUUUAUCAUCUCGAGGGGGUCCCGCCUUGCCCAGUAUCCCGAGUCUGCAUUGCGGCGUCUGUUCCAUGCAGCCGACCUUUUCAUCGGUCGAAUCGAGGCUCUUUUCCGCCUGCCGCCGUGGUAGAUACUCGAUAUCGAUAUACUCCAUCCCACCCGGCCCUUCCUCCUGCUUGUUGAUCACCCGCCUGCACUUGAUACCACCUGGCCUAGGCCCGGACAUCCCCUCCAUCUCGACUUGCUGCUGCUGCACACGGCCCGAGUAGGCAAGCAGAUAGCCAUAGCAUCUUGUGCAUGGGCCGAGGCUAUGGUCUGCCCUGUCGCCUGCCUGCGUCGCCAACAAACUGAUACAACUACAUUGCCACGACCCGACCGGCCAUAGCCUGGCUUUCCGCACCCAUCUGAUUUCCAGACUCUGGCCCAGGUCUCACCAGGACGGACCGGACAGACUGUGAAGGAGGCCCCGCGCACGCGAAGCCGCGCACGCGCGCGCGCGCAAGGCACACUGCCCCUUCGCCCGUCAGGUUUCCGGCCCCGACUGCUGGGAAGUGAGCUUGGUUACGGAGUCGUGAAAGCAAAUCUGGCUGCCCCGUCUCUGUCGGCAACUGCCUGCCACUGCGCAAUAUGCAUCACCAGGUUAUUGGGACCACGGGCAUGUCGCCCGAGGGACACAUGUCCCCGGACCACAACGGCUUCGGCGGCGCCUCCAGCUCCGGCGCUGGCCAACACUGGGUCGACAUGUCGUCGUAUACUCAGCCGUCGCCCAUGCCUGACUACAGCCAUCAUAGCUACGCCUUCGGCCUGGGCUCCAUGCCCCAUACGUUGCCGUCCGAGUCCAUCGCGAACCGGAUGCCUCCCCCUCCGCUGCCGCCACCGCCUCGCCCGGUCCAGCAUCAACACCAGCACCAGCAUCCGCACCAGAACCAGGGCCACCCGCAUCUUCACCCGCUAAUCAUGCCGUCAAAUCCGACCUGGCCGAGUCAACUGACGAAUCCAGGCGGCAUGGCACAGCCCACGAGCUACUCGGCACCUCCCGUCACUAUGCCACCGCCCCUCGGGGUCCAGUUGAAGACAUCAAAGAUGCCAACGUCACACACCCCCACGACACCUCGGAAGACGCUCAACAACGAAAUUCGCCGGGAAAUGUGCAAGUUUGCCGAAGAGAAUCCUCUCUUGAAGCAAACCGAGAUAGGAAGUCGCUUUGGCGUCGAGCGAAGCACCGUCUCCAAGGUUCUGCGCAACAAGGACAAGUACCUGAACCCUGAUGAUCGAGCCGAGUCACCGAUCAAGCGAACCUUCAAGGGGAAGUCGGCCGAUGUUGAGAAGGCUCUCAUCAACUGGUUUCGCAAUACUGUGUCGCGGGGAGCGCCCGUGACUGACCAGGACAUCAGGAAUCAGGCCCGCUUCUUUUCCCAGACGGUAGCGGGCUCGUCUGAUGGCUUGCUUAAACAGUUAUCGACCUCAGCGGGUCUCAAGAUGUUCAAACAAAAGAACGGGAUUUCUAGCGGGCCGAAACUGCUACGGAGGGCCUCUGAAACCAACAUCCCUCACAGCGCAGCGGCUGCUGGCUUAGGUCUUGGCGGAAUGGCCUCAAUGUCUCCAGCGUCCCCGCACCCUGCCGCCCAGCCCUCGCCAAUCUCGGCCAACCCCGGAAAGAGUGAUGACGAGGAAGGUGGCGGCAGCAGCCUCAUGGACUUUACGUCGGAUAGUGCAGACAUGCGCCCAACAACAUUCACCUUCUCGCCAGAUCCAAAUUCUGGCGGUGGCUUCCUAACUGAUCCUGCCAGGGGCGAGAUGCCGGGCAGCUCCAACUUUCAGCGGCCGCGGAGCCAGACGUUCCCGACACUCGACAUCGAGCUGAUGAACCAGUCGUCUCAGGCCGAGGACCCCCUUUCCCCCAAAUACAAUGCAGUUUCGACAGGCCCAUCGUCGGCACUCGAGUCCCCGAUGAACGAGAUACUGGCCCAACCUUUUGCCAUCGACACGACCGUGACGUCCCCUCACCUCCGCCGAAGUAGCAGCAAUAGCAGCCUUGCCCAGCGCGCCAGCAGCACUCCGAUAGGAAACGGCACCGCCCCGACCCCGACGAAUGGGUCGUCUCCCAGCUCGCCGACGCAGGAAGAUGCUCGCAGGGCGGCCGACACACUGCUGUCCUUUAUCCAGCAAAAUGCCGGGGCUCUGAUAGACCACAACGACUACAACUACGUUCUACGCCUGACCGAGAAGCUGCGCCUACACCAAUCCCAGAUGGCCAAGUCGGGUACACCACAGGGCAUGAUGGGGGGCCUCUCACGCAUCCCCGAGGGCGAGAUGGAGAUGGCGAGCGCGCCUCCAGUGUCCAUGUCCAUGGGCACGGUCAAGAUGGAGCCGACAACCAUGGCUACAUGACCAAAGGGGGUGGCCCGAAGCUUCGUACCCCUUGACCGGCGCAGCCAGCAAGGGACCUGGAAGGGGUUUCCUUGGCCGCGCAACAGACACGAUACCACUUGCAUUUUUCACCCCUUUGUUUCAAUGUUCCCACUGAAUUUUUUUAUUUGGUCAUUGCAUCAUCCCCCGACAAGUCUCUCUUGUAAUACACCCAAUACAUCCGGGCGCCCAUGGCACCACGAUACAUAGACGCUCACGCACAUACCCCCCCUCACCCCUCACCCCGAAGCGACUCUGGUCAGACCUGUUCCCACUGGAGCAUUUUUUUUCCUUGAACAGUCUAGCUCCGGCAUCAUUUUCGGGCAAGAGUUCCUCCGCUCACGCGAACCCGCUGUCCUAACAGCAAAAUAUUGCUUAUGUCUGCUGCCAGUUUUUGCUACAGCUCUUUUCUUUUUGGCAUAUUUUUUUUCUUUUUUUUCACGCAUCCUGCUUCUCGGCCACUCCAUUUCCUGACUGUCACUUUUCUCCACUGUAUUCUUUCUUUCUUUUUCUUAUACAAACUUUCGCCCUAGUAUUGUCUGUCUGUCUGUCUGUCAUGUUCUGAUUUCCUGGGUCUCAUCGCUGUUAACCCCCUACUAUCAUUUGGGGCCGGUUUUCUCCCCCGGCAAGCAUUCGCCGGCCGGUGCAUGAAGACCGCCGAGGUGCAUAUUCAUGUUCUGCCUGUCGUACCUGGAAUUGGAGGAUUGCGGCAAGACACGGAUAAGAGGGCUCUUGGCGCCUUAGGGCUUUCGAAUGUCGUUGGUUGGAUGGAAUUCACUCGGAUAUUGGAUUGGGGUUGAGGCAUAAAGAAGCGGGUGGAUAGGCUCGUGACUCGGAGAAACCGGGUUGGAAUACAAAG